CCACAUGUGGCUUGUGGCUACCCUUUGGACAGAGAAGCUCUGGAGCCUGGCUUGGUGGCCUGUUUGCCAUGGAGUGCUAUCUGGUUCUUGACACUGCAUCCUCUUCAGGGUUGCCAUGGAAAGUCACCUGAUGUCCACUUCAUUGUGCAAGACUACAUUGUCAUCACUUCAGCCUCUCACGCAUCCAACGGAUCCAGGAUUGGAAAGGCCAACUUCUCCCACCUCGUUUUUGGGUCAGCUUCCUCCACCUGCAUCACUGCAUGGCACAGACACAGACAUGAGCAAUCAGGAAGUGAUUUAUUCCUCCUUGAGAGUUCUUCAGUCUCCUUCAGAGUCACAAAGUAGAUUAAAGCCUUGUGGUACUAAAAGGCCUGGGAAAACAGAUGACAAAGAGUUUUCAGUGACCUGGCAUCUCAUUGUAGUGACUCUUGGGAUCCUCUGCUUAAUUCUAUUGGUGACAGUCACAGUGUUGGGGACAAAGAUUUUUCAGUAUAUUCAAGAAAAACAUCAACAGGAGGAAAUUCUACGAAAUCUCAGUCAAAAGUACCACAAUAUAAAAAAUGAUAGCUACUUAAAGGAGCAACUUCUGACAAAGAAGACUUUAGAAUAUGACAUUCUCAAAAAUGAAACUCUUCAGCAGAAAAAGGAACUGGACUCACUCUUUAUAGGAAAGAAGAGAUGUCGUAGAAAACAGGAGAGCUUUUCAAAGUCUUUGCAAAAUACAGGCAAACUCUGUGAAGACCACGGGUCCUGUUGUGGAGGAAAGUGUUAUUAUUUUACCACUGAAAAAAAAGACUGGAAGGGAUGUAAACAGACUUGCCAAAGUUGCAGUUUAUCUCUUUUGAAGAUAGAUGAUGAAGAUGAACUGGCCUUCCUUCAACCCCAGACUUAUGGAAACUACUACUGGAUUGGAUUAUCAUAUAAUGCAGAGGAAAGGAAGUGGAAAUGGAUUGACAAUGGCACAUUUUCUGGAACUAAAUCUACAAUAGUGAGUUUGCCUACUGGGAUAGGACAAUGUGCAUUUUUAAGCUCAACAAGAAUAACAAAUGUUGAUUGCUCCAAAACCUAUAAUUGUAUCUGUGAGAAGAGAAUUGACUGUGUUUCCACUGGCUGCUUCAAGUAGAGACAGAAGAAAGGGACUUAUUCCAUUGUGGAAAAAGAGAUGAGUUGGAAGAGGAAGAAAAUGCUCUUUUGGACCGUGAUUUAAGAGAUCAGAUGCCGGCUGUCUUCUAGGGGAAGCGGGGAAGAUUUUGUCUUUGGAAAUCAGUUACCCCUCUCUUUAAUGACCCUGAGAAAUUCUCUCUUUCUGUUUCCCUGAACUACCCACAGAGCCAAUUAGACAGCUCUGGAUCUUCCUUAUCCAUAGGAUAAAUCAUUUCAAUAGGCUUAGGCUUGGAGAGAUGGCACAAUAAAGAACUAAAAAAAUAGUUAUCCUGCCCAUCCCUCAUUUAGAUGCUUACUUCUCAUUUAACAUUGAAACGAUAGUACCAGGAACUCUCAUAUAACCUUUACCCAUAGUUACCAUUUGUUUAUAUUUUGCUCUAGCUGCACUUUACAGUUCUCUUUCUCUUUCUAUACUGAUCCAUUUGAUAAUAAAUUGGGGACAUUAUGUUCCUUUGUCUAAAUAUUUUACAAGAACAAGGACUUUGUCUUUUAUAACCAUAGUACAAUUAUCAAAAUCAGGAAAUUUAACAUUUCUACACUACUAUGAUUUCAUCUAUAAUCCAUAUGCAAAUUUUGUCAACUGUCCCGACAAUGUCAUUUAUAGGUAUUUUUCCUCCAUGUUCAGGAUCAUGCAAUACAUUUAGUUGUGAUGUCACUUUAGUUUCCUUUAAUCUGGGACAAUUCCUCAGGAUUUCUUUGUUUUCCUUGACCUUGACAUUUUAAUAAUCAACCUUAUUGAGUCAUACAUUCAUGCAAUAAAAUGCAUCUUUUUUAAAUCAUGAGAUCAAUGGGUUUUUAACAAAUGUGUACACCUCUUAAAUACCAUCAAAUCAAGACAAAGAACAUUUUCAUCACCUCCAAAAGUUCUUUUCUGCCCCUCCCCACCCACUUGGCCCCAGAC